GGAUACAUGUUGGAUACUCAAUAUGUAUUUAUGGAGAACAAUAUUUACUAAAUAAGUAAUUGGGCUUCAGAUUCCUUGUUUAUUUUCUUCCAUAGUUUCUUGGGACAGAAAGAUUUCUAGAGCAACUCUAAAUAUGUGGCUUUGGACUCCUUGUUCCCUGGAGUACUCUAAAAAAAAGAUAUUUGUGCCUCUCUUCCUCAAAGACUGUAUGACAUUAGUGUACUAAUGACCUUUUAAGCCACCAGGAGGUAUUUUGGCACAUUGAGUCUGAGGGUAGGCACCAUAGCUGGUCUGAUUACUAACCCACCAUUAUCUCAUAUCUGAAGAGUAGCUGCCGGAUGGGCACUCAGUACACCUACUUCUGUAUAGAUACCUUACUGAAGCACAAUUUGAGCAAAGAAUCCUAUCACAGAUGGUGGGCGGGGUAUUGAAGUUAGGUCUCACCUCUUGAUGGGUUCUGGUGCUUGAAGGAUAUCCUUGCAUGACCUAGGAAAACAUUGCUUAUCCUGAGGGUUCUUUCUGGUCAUGAAAAGGAGGACAUCCUGCAUCAUUUCACACUAGAAUCUUGAAAUGACCUCUUGUCCUGGUGGAGUUAACUAAAGUUGCAGUAUUAGAACUUAAUAAUAGUAAUUUAUUUCUGGUUAGAUGAUCUUUUGUUCCUCAGCUGUUGGAAGCCUCCAAAACUGAGAGGUUUCCUCCUCCCAGCAGAGAUUCCAGAAGCCUCUGGAAGUCCUGCCUUCUUGAAAUGGAUGGGAGGAGUCAGCCAUCAAAGGAUGUUCUCCUUUCCAUGACAAGAAAGAGCCCUCAUAACCUUUUCUGCAAACUUGCUGCUCUUGUUAGACAUAGGAUUUCACUUUUUGGUAGUGAUGCUGCUACAAUGGUUAGCUGCCUACACAUCUUAGCUCAGACACUAGACACAAGAACCGUCAUGAAAUCAGGUUCAGAGCUGGUUAAAGCAGGACUGCGUGCCUUCUUUGAAAAUGCAGCUGAAGAUCUGGAGAAGACAUCAGAAAAUCUUAAACUUGGAAAAUUUACCCAUUCCCGUACACAGAUUAAAGGGGUCUCGCAGAAUAUCAACUAUACAACAGUGGCAUUGUUGCCUGUUCUAACAUCAAUUUUUGAACAUGUUGCCCAGCAUCAUUUUGGCACCGAUUUGCUAUACAACGUCCGGCUCUUGGUGAGUGCUUAGCGUCUCUUGCAGCUGCCAUUCCAGUAGCCUUUCUUGAACCUUCUCUCAAUCUUUACAAUCCCCUGUCUGUCUUCAA